AUGUCAACACCACCCUCUCACCUCCUCCUGCGCCUGUCUCCCCUCCUCACAAGUACCGCCUCUCUCACCUUCACCUUCUGCGAGCACCUCUACCUCGCCCCUUACCUCUCGCUCCGCCCCGCAACCACAGCGCCCAACAGCAAUCCCGACCACCAAGCCGGCGGCACCAGCCGCGGACCCGACCCCAACGUCCUCCUCCCCAUCUACAUCGACCGCUGGUUCCGCCCCGCCUUCUCCGUCAUCCUAACCCUCUACCCCCUCACCUGGGCCACCGCCAUUGCCAACCUCGCUACCACUGCCUCCAGCCGCAAAGCUGGCCUCAGCGUCUCCACUCCCUCCGGUGCCCUCUACCUCGCCGGACUGGCCCUGAGCGCCGCCCACAUGCUCUGGGGCCUUAGAGCUAAGGGCUUGCUGGACGCUAUCAGGUCCAAGAACAACAGUGAUCUCUUGGUUGAUGGAGCUGCAAAGCGGGUGGUUGCCGAGACCGUCACCCCGGAGGAGGAAGGCGAUUCUCGCGAGAAUAAUCACCUUGUCGAUGGUCGGGACAGUGUCGCAGUCCUAGCGGCGUGGAUCCAGUUGAAUACUUGGAGGGGCGUUUUGGCAGACUUGCCGGCUUGGGUAUGCUUUUUUGUGGGAUUUUUGUUAUCGGAAUCCUAA